CGAACCAGCCGCCAGCCAUACGCUCCGUGGCGCCUUCAUCGUUCAGUCAUCGUAUGACCGUGGGGAACGAGUGUUGUUAUUUCGUUCGUAGUCCGCUAACAUCGCAUUACUUAUUAUAUUUACAUGUCUGACACCGCAUAUCCUUUGAACUGUAAUAGACUUUCGCAGUUAGUUUAAGAAACCGGCUUUCGAUUUGUGAUUGUUGUCACAUCUGACAGUGCGCGUGUUGUGCUCGUAUAUAACCUGUACAACUUCAAGGGCACGGGCAACUUUGUGCUUUGGAUGCGGUGCUCAAGAAGCUGUUCUAGGGAUUUUAGCCUUGCCUUUUGUAAGAUGUAAGUGGGCGUAUUCGAAAGUUUGAAAAUCGAUCGGGUGACGUGCGUGCGUGGGAUUGCGUUUACGUAAUCUUUGUUUACCUUGGGAAUUUGCACUGUGUUGAUUACCGAGUCCUUUAUCACUACAUCUCUGGCGAUUGCAGACACAACAAAAUACGCUAGAUGUCAGAAUUAUAAUUAGAAUUCCAGUUAACAGAUUUCUUACAUGCUUUGGAAUAAUUAAAGUUUUUUAACAGGCAUCACUUGGAAUGACUCAAAUUAAUCAGAAAACAUUGGCCCUAGCGUCCAGGGCGUGGGCGUGAGAUGGCUCGUGCGGGCAUGCUGCACAGAGGAAAAAAUGGACCUGAAGGGUGCGACGACGUGCAGCGAUCCCUUGAACUGCUGGACCAGGUGCUGAGCGAAUACGACGACUCGCCUCGAUCGCUGGAGGCGCGGGGUCCUGCGCCCACGCCACCCACGCCGGCCACGCCCGCCACGCCCGCGGACGACGAUUCGCCCCUCGCCGGACAUACGUCCGAAGACGAUGGAUACAUGAGCAUGAACGGACGCAGAGCGAAGUUCGCGCUGGGCUUCCGACCAACAGAGGAGCGCGAAGAGCCUUCACCGCCUGACCCUCAGUCACCGCAUUCUCCACCUCCGCCGGAGGAGGCCGAGAGGAUAAUUUCAAACCUCUUACCUAAAGUAUCACCAGCAAAUUCAGCGAAACGUACAAUAUCGAUAGAGCGACGCGACGAGGACAAACUUGACUCAAUUAUCAGCGUUAAUGGCAUCACCACCGCAACUCAAACUACAUUCCCAAAAACCAGGCACCAAAGGCCAUACGGAUGGGAGAAAGACACCGAAACAAACCACACUCAUUUCAAUCAAUCACCGCCUUUUAAGUUCAGUUCGCUUCAACACGGAACGAGACCGCCCCAGGAAGGCGUCAUCCCAUGGCUGCCUCCGCGUCAAGUUCCCGUCAAGUCACCCAGCUUCGAGAACCCACCGAUCUUCCCAUUCAUGGGUUUCUCCAGCGAAUUUAACGACAAGCCGUACAAUGAGCAUCCCGUCACCAUCUAUCCGGGACCUAAUAUAUACAAAUCGCCCACGUACAAACUGUCCCCGUCCAUAAAAAUAGAGAAGAAACGAGACAGCAGGUCCGACGAAGAGAUCCUGUCUCCAAAAGGAAAGAUUCCCCCCCGAACUCUCGCCGGUUCUAUGGAGCGACAUAGAGAGGUGUGCAGAGGAUCCUCAGAGGAUAUAGAGAAGAGAGGUGAGAGGAAUGAUGAGGAGCAUUUCUCGGAUGAUUCCUUGGAGUCAUUCCCGCCGCCGCCGACCACCAACACGCCUUCGAAACGCAAUUCCAUAGCAUGGGAAGUGUCCCUCGAUGGUGAUGAUCCUCUACUUACACCGGGUAGUACAAAGGUUAUCGGGAGACGUAGGAGAAAAUCAGGCGACCAAUCUCACUCUAGCACAAGCUCGAUUCCUCAAAGGUUAGACGACGAUUGGGCAGAAGAGUACUGGCCCCCUCCGCCCCCUCAGUCCCAGUGCGAGAGCCAAGCGUCGCCUUCCGAUGCCGAACCGGAGCUACGUCGAAACCACGACCUUUCCUGCGGCACCUACGUCAUCAGGAAAGGGAAAAACCGUAAACAGUUACCGACCUUCGCCAAGAGCCCCAAAGCGACCGAUCCUCCUAACCACCUAAUAAAAAGCCAUAGCCUGAACAGAAGCACGGACAAAUCCAUAGACGGAUCGAGCAUAUCGAUAAGCGGCUCGGGCUCCGUCGGCUCCUACAACUCCAGACCUAGCUCCGAUCUAAGUCUACCUCAGUCUAGAUAUAGUGUCGACUUAAAUUCUCGAUUGAGUCGAGAACUGAACACUCCGAACUCGAGAUAUAGCAUAGACUUAUGUACACCCAACUCUAGAUUAAGCAAAGAGCUGGCGUCUCCUAAAUCUAGGCUCAGCUUGGAUCUCAACGGACAGGAUAGGUACGUUAAUCAGGAUUACUACGGUCACAGUCCCAAGAGCAGAAAGACGCCGGAGAAGAGAGAACCAAAAGUUCAGAACAAACUGUCGCCGCAAAAUAGAUUCACCGAUUUUAAGAAAUAUUCGUCUACCUUUGAUAAUAUACAAUCGUUGAUUAAGGAAGGGAAGGUGGAGGAGGCACCUCAGAACGAGUGUAACGAGACGGUCGGUGAGCUCUCCACGGUACCACCAAACAUGGUCCGUGUCAUAUCUCUACCCACACUCGGGUCCGAGUCCGAGAGCAACAGUGCCAGCAGACAGGCGCUGAUCACCACCGUGGAAGAAGAGGAAGACCAGGAAAUCGCCGAACCGGGCUCCAGCGGGGAGACAUCUCCACUUCGGAAGAUUGAAAAUAAUAUAAGCGCUAUACUAAGUCAAGGGCGGGACCACUUUACCCCAUACUUACCUAAAGACUGGAAUAUCCAUAAGGAUGAAUACUGUGAUGAAGUUUCUAAAGAUAUAUUAGAAAACAGUUUCCGUUAUAGUUCUAGGGAGAGGCAGAAGAGACACGAUAUACAGAAAUCUUCGAGUCACAAUGAGAUUCAGAACCAGAGGUCGAUCGAGAGAAGAGACCGCUCUUCGGGACGAAGGUCGAAUAGCAUGCAUAAGUCUACCAGUGCCAAAGACGUUCCAGUCAGUUUGAUGCGGCAGCCUUCUUCAUCGGAUUCCGCAGUUUCCAGCGGUGGAGACUUUCCACUAAAUGUGCAAAUCGUGGAACAUUCGUACCGGCACAAUCAGCUGCCUCCGUCGCCCAAUUUGGGCCAUGACAGGGGUCCUUUACCCCAAACACCAGAGUCACCCAAAUUUCCGCCUUUACCGCCCUCUCCUGUACAAGAGGUAGAUGAUGAAUAUACGGAGAUAAUGCAGCCGACUGUAAGACACCACGCUAAGAAAGCGGACACAUUACCGACGCCAACGCUGGAAUCUCGUAGAAGGCCUUCGGAACCACCGGCCGUACCACCACAUAGAGAUAACACAAAUAGCCUGAAGACCAGGUCGAUGGAAACCAGCUAUAACAAAAACAGAAGAAACAGUUCACAACAUUUCAAAAGCGGCUCAACGGAUAGAAGAACUCUACCCACAGAUACAGGAGCGAGCGGCGCCCGUCGUCGCACCUUACAGCGACAGAACCGAGACGUUUCUAGCGGUAGGGGGCAGUUGCAGACUUCCGCUAGUCUACCCGAGACACCAGUCUUUGCUCGGGGUUGUGACGUCCCUCGCACUCCACCUAGGAACUCAACUGGACCGCCUAGAAAUAACACUAUGAGUUCUAUGCAAACCAUAGGAAGUAGUGUUACUUUGGGUGGAUAUGGGCGUGGGUCAGUGAUGGGAGCAACGGGAGUGUGUACGGGCGCUGAUCUUCUCAGGAUGGGAGGACCUCCACGUGGCUGGUACCCGCGACAGAGACAUAGGCCCGCGUCCAUCGAGCAUCUCGACAGAAUCUCAUCAUCUAAAAUGGCAGCAGAUCACCAAAUAGCGUGGGACAAUGCUGGUGCUCGCAAACCGCUAACACUACCGCCGAAUUUAACCCCGAAAUUCUUCCAGAAGUCUCCAAGAGAAGCGCUUCGAAGAGUUACAAGCUUAUUAAUACGAAAAGGUAACAACGGGAAAGAAAAGGAAAACACAAGAAACAAGGAAGCAACUUCUCCAGCAGCACACUCAGCUAAUGGUGAGGAGCAUCCCGGUCAGAAGCAACGUAAAGGUUUCUUUCGAAACCUUUGGAAGAAGUCUCGCCAUUAUUCCUUAGAGCAUCCAUGACUCGACAACGAGUCAUAUCGAUGGACACUUUGCUUACCAUAAAACCGAAAUGCUCUCCGAAGCACGUUACCUACUGUUGUAUUUAAUCGCGCACAACUACUAUUGCAAUGAUUUAUUUAUUCGAAAUAAGGAAUAUAUUGUUCAUAAUGUUAAGCGUUAAUAUUUUUAACGAAUAGUGUACACGUGUGAAUGUGGCUUUGAGAUGUGUAGUUGUAAGUCUUAGGUACAGACGUGGAUGUUUGAAUAAAUCAAUUAAUAAACUAACUUCCAUAGAGAUCCGACGAUAUUGACACACAUAAUAAAAUUGAAAUGUCCAAUUACUAUAUUACGAUUAUAGUCGUCAUCUUAGUUUCAAGUUGCAGUUUUUUAAAAUUAUCAUAACCAUUACUACCACAGCUGCUGCUUAUUGAAUUUAUUUAAAUGUACAGUAUUACUAUUUAUAAAUGAUCUUUGAUCAAUCUUAUAAAAUUUACAAUCUACGCUUUUGCGUGUUUUAAUUGACACUCACUUUUUAUCCCUUACAUAAAGCUUGGCCUACGUUUUUCUUGAGUUUUUCGCCUCGACGCUUCUUAUCAUGUAUUAAUUAUGAACUGUAGAAAUGUAGAUAUACACAUAGAAGUUUAAGUACUAUAUAUUUCUGUUCUCACUACGAUACUUGGGAGUUAAGCUGAAUAACACAGUACAUAUUUAUACAUGUUUACACUACAGCUAUUGGCACAACAACUUUUAUAAGUUUAAAUAUACUAUUUUUGUCGUAGAAUUUAGGCUUGUGAACUCUUGUAUUGAAUAAUUUCUAAGAACCAAAGUCAUUUUUGAGGACUACAAGUUUUAACAUUUUAUACCAAUUCUUGUAUUCGAGUGUACUUAAAUCUCUAUUAUUAUUGUAGAUUUUGUCAGAAGAAAAUAAAUUAUGUUCAUUAGAAAAAAGGUACGAUUUUUAUUUAUCAUUAUCCUAGAGUAAUGAAAUAUACAAACAUGUUUACCGAGAUGUGGUUGCAGCGUCUUGGGUGUGAUAUACAUUGGAAUUAGAUGUAAACAUGGUAAUAUUUAUCACUUUAGUAAUUGAUGUAGUAGUGAAGGAAAAGGUUUCAGGGCCGUCGUCACUCAUCCACUACGUAUAGAUUAAUUUAACAUUUAGAAAUGAAAUAUUGCCAUUUACCCACUUUUAUGAUUACUUAUUUAUGGCACCCGGUACCGCAAGAUAUGCCCUGGAGGAUCACGGAAAAAAUCGUAAUGAUUUAAACUUUCUGCUAAUUAUUAAGAAUUUAAAAGUUUUAAAUUUGUAAGAGUUAAAAUCCAUCCCUGUGUGCAUUAUUGUAUAAUAAAAUCAGUUAAUGAUACCAAGGUUACUUACCUAUAUAUAAGAAGUGGAAAUGAUAAAAAAAAACAAUCUUGUUAUAUAAUACAAAUCAUUUUAUUAUUAGAUAGACACAGUUCCCAUCGCUUAUCAGAAACAAUGUACAAAGCUAUAGUAGUAAUAUCAAAUAUAAACAAUAUGCACCCUUCGUUUACUGCAAGCCUUGUUUGAGGAUAAAGGUUAAUAAUAAUAAUUGAGCGCUUCUAGUUACUGCAGCUAAGAGAAAACAGAAUGCAAAUGGUUUAUGUUUCACUACAUAAUAUUAUAAAUGCGGAAUAAUGAAAAAAAGAAGCAUAGCAAACAUUUGGCGUGCGUUAGGCGCGACGCAUUACAUUGGAUGUUAUAUUUUUCACACGAUGGUUCCAGUGGGACUAGAGAUUUUUCAUUAAAAAGGUAUUAUUUACUUGGGUUACAGUGUCUUUCAUUUCAUAACAAGCCCUUACACAAACGCCUAUUUGUAGUUACAUAUAUAAUAAUUGUUGUAUAUCGUUACAGUAAUUUCAUUACGUGGUUAUAGUGUUUUCUUGCCAAGCAUCUGCACACAAAAAAUUUACUUCAUUUGACUUUGCUAUGUCGUAGAAAAAUUGCGGAUCUUGAAGGUAUUAAUUAAUACGAAUCUGUUAGAUAUAACAGCUGUUAACGACAGAUUGCUUGAAAAGAAAUAAAAAAUCUCUAUACAUCAUACUUUGGGACCGGCUACUAGCAAAGACGCCAGUCUUUACAGCAUAGGUCGAAUAAAAGCAAUUUUAAAAUAUAAAUUUAAACUACGCACAGUCACAAUUACUCUGUGGAAGCGGUGA